AUGUCUCGAAAUCGACUGGGCAGUGUUAAAGCUUCUGCCGCGGAGCAUGAGCAGAUGAACUCCCUCUGGCAUUCUCUCAUCGAUACUCUUCGUCUACUUCCUUCUGUGCCUACCAACCCAUCAUCUCUCAAAUCGUCCUCGCUCCCCGAAAUCGAAAGAGAGCGUAAUUCACGUACAAUCCAAUCCGAGAAAAAACAUCUAGACGAAGCUUUAGAUAAACUCAAUGUCCUCUUAGCUCUUCGAAGGGGUCCAGGAAACUCUAGCAGCUCAUCUUCAUCGGUCCCACCAGAAGGUAUACCAGGAGUUGUAAUUUCGAACGUUAAAGGUGAACCUUCCUAUCCGUCUAUAUCAACUCCAACGAAUGGUAUAAAGAAAAAACGGAAAUUAUCUCUUUCGGCUUCUGCUUCUCCUGCACCAGCCGAUCACCCUUCCCCCAUGCCAAUAUCAAAAGCAGGUACACCCCUGAGCGCAUCGAUGUCGACAUCGAUGUCUAGAGAAGCUACUGGUAAACAGUUGAGAGAGAUGUAUUGGGAUCAAUUACCGUUACAACCCGGAAGAAGGGUCGCUUUUAGAUUACCGAAAAGUAAAUCUCAAGAUAUCAACAAUAACAACAAUGAAAAGGAUUCUCAAGUUGAGGUGACUCCUUCUGGUGGUGCAGGUGGGGGAGGGGAUGAUUGGAUAUUGGCUACGAUCAAGAGGUGUAUACAGAUGGAUAAGAUGAGGUAUGAAGUUCAGGAUGUAGAUGAUGGAAAUGCGUACAACACCACACUCCGAUCGAUCAUCCCCUUACCCGAUCCAACCUCCGCUUCCCAUCUCUCCUCCCAUCCAAACAAUCUUGAAGAUUUCCCCAAAGACUCUCAGGUCCUAGCGUUGUAUCCCGAUACUACCUCUUUCUACCGUGCGACCGUCGUAUCGCCCCCGUUGCCUGGGACGGGUAACGGUCUAGGUCUAAAGAGUACGAGUAAAAGUGGAAAGAACGAAUAUGCCGGAUCUAAAAAAGGGGUGUACAGGUUGAGCUUCGUGGAUGAUGAUGGAAAUAUCCAAGAGGUGGGGAAAGAUGAUGUGGUUGCUGUGAGUUGA